UCCUGCUUCACUAGGAUUUAUUCUUAAAUGUGUGGAUUGCUGUGGGGCAACCAACCUUAAAAUCGUGAUGCGCGAAUUGAUAGGCGCUUUGCCGAAAAUUGCUUCCAUGUCGGAUCUGCGUCCCAUCUGCGCGCUUUGCGUUGUUGAAGACAUCGGAAAAUGCCCCACGGGAUUCAUUCCUAUUCGAUAUACAGCGGACAGUAACGGAGACGCCGAUUUAUGGAGAGAGAAUUCGUUCUUCUCCCGUCGGAAAACUCGAUAUCUAUGCUUCUUCCGCGUACCAGCUGAAACGGAACCGUCUUACAUCGUUGAAUCAAUCACGGUGAUCCAAGAAGGAGGAAAACCUCCGUGUGGUUAUACUGCUCUGCUCAAUACGAAGGACACAGCUCAGCGGGCGCUGAAAAGAAAGCAGAUAUGUUACAAACUGGUGAAAUACUCUGAAGCAGUUCAGGCAGUCUUUGACGUAGCACUUAUGUCUGCGAACAAGUGUCUGGAUGGCUUUUCCCUGGCAGGUGAAAUCGACGGAAUCUUCGUGUUCUACAAAAUGGGAUGCGCUAGAUUGUCUCCUGGUGCCAAAUUACCGUACAAUUUGUCCACGUCUAAACUGAAUGUGUACCCGUGUUUACCUGGACAACUGGAAGCCGUGACUCCGACUAGAAAGGCCCCUGCAGUCCCGCCACGACCCACGCAGGAAGAGAGAUAUGAAAAUCUCAGAUCCAACAGCAUCGCCGUUGCGAACGAAAGUUCGCAUCAAGGGCUUGAAGGAGUGGAGUUCGAGCUGAAUCGUCGUUUGAACUUUCUGAAUGGAUCUCGAUCUACCUACUUGCCGGAGAUCAGUCUUUUCACGGAAGCUACGUGGAUGAAGGAUGAAUUCAGAUACGAUUUCCGAACCGAAAAGGACGUGAAUUCCGCUGGAUUCUACACGAUUCGUCGAUAA